AUGACCUUGAGGAAGCUUCAUUCCUUUCUUCAGAAUUCUCCAUUUUAUAAUAAUUCCAUAAAUGGAGUGUAUUUGGAUGAGAAUGGAGACCCGUCGGCAGACCUGGACAUUUUUAAGUGGGACAUUAACAGCAAUAUAUCCUUUGAGAGAGUGAGGUUUGGCAGUCUAGAAAGACAGGGAUCCUUGGAUGACAAGUUAAUGAUCCACCAGGAUGCUACUGCAGAGAUGGAGAGGCUGAACCAGCCCCUGCCUCCUUCCAGGUGUGUGGAAAGCUGUCAUCCUGGAUUCAUGAAGGUGGCUCAGGAGGGGAGGCCCAUCUGCUGCUAUGACUGCGUUCCUUGUGCAGAAGGAACCAUCUCCACCCAGGAAGAUGCAGAGAAAUGCACCAGAUGUCCAGAAGAUCAACAUCCAAAUGUCCAUCAGGAUCAUUGUAUCCCCAAGAGUAUAACCUUCCUAUCCUAUCAAGAAAAUCUGGGGAUCAUCCUAGCUUCCAUUGCCUUAUUCUUCUGUUUAAUUACAGGCUUUGUCUUGGGAAUCUUCAUUAAAUUCCAGGAAACUCCGAUUGUCAAAGCCAACAACCGGGAUCUCUCCUACAUCCUCCUUGUUUCCCUCCUGCUUUCCUUCUCAACUUCCUUCCUGUUUAUUGGCCGGCCAAGGGGAGCCACCUGCCUUCUCCGACAGACAACAUUCAGUGUCAUCUUCUCACUUGCUGUCUCUUCAGUCUUGGCCAAAACAAUCACAGUGGUGCUGGUCUUCCUGGCAACAAAACCAGGCAAUAAAGUGCAGAGAUGGCUGGGGAAGAGCUUGGCCAACUCCAUCAUCCUUUCUUGUUCUAGUGUCCAAGUUGUCAUUUGCAGCAGCUGGCUCGGCAUUUCUCCUCCAUUUCCUGAUACUGACCUUCAUUCUCAGCCUGGAGAGAUCAUCCAGCAAUGCAAUGAAGGCUCUGACAUCAUGUUUUAUGGAGCCCUGGGCUACAUGGGUUUCCUGGCCACCAUCUGCUUGAUGGUGGCUUUCCUGGCCAGGAACCUCCCUGGGGCCUUCAACGAAGCCAAGCUCAUUGCAUUCAGCAUGCUUGUCUUCUGCAGUGUGUGGGUGUCCUUUGUGCCCACCUACUUGAGCACCAAGGGGACAUACAUGGUGGCUGUGCAGGUCUUCUCCAUCCUUGCCUCCAGUGCUGGCCUGCUGGGUUGCAUCUUCAUCCCCAAGUGCUACAUUAUUUUAUUUAGACCAGAUCUGAAUACAAAAGAAAAU